AUGCCUCGUGUUUCCGUCGAAGAACUCUUGAAACAUGUUAAGAAAUGUCAACAACUUGCUGACAGUUGUGGUUUUACCAUUGCUUAUCAGAAAGAGAAGGAAAGUAGUGAAAAUGUAGUAUACCACAGAAAGAAGGCGCCUGCUACUGAUUACAAGUAUGCCAGAGUUGUUGAGAACUGGAUAUUGUGGAGGGUUUUUCACAACUAUGUUGCUACGCGCAUCGAGAUUCCAGCGCAGGAUACGGCUUGCAACCAUAUGUCUGCUUUCAUUUCAGAGUGGAAAAAAAAGACCAAACAUAGAGAUAAAUUUCCUGUUACCAAGAAGGAUAUUGAAUAUCAUCUGGAUCAGUUAUUCGGCGAUGACGACCACGAUUAUGAACACGAACAUAUAAGAGUCUACCUAGGUUUUCUUUUGUCUCUAUUUUCGGCUUCGCGAGCAAGAGCAGGCUCUAUUGUGGAAUCUAGCGCUUACCAUGGAUCCAAUGAAUGUUUAUAUUAUCAGCACCUUACAUUUAAUUUGAGAUGGAUUGCGGGGGGCCGGGUAAAGUUCUGGGCGACUCUUGACCCAGAAUUUUUGAAAGGAAAUCGAUACAAUGAUGAAGCAAGAAGUGUUGGGAAAAAUUUCAUUUUCUGGUUGGGUGCCAUCAGUAUCGCAGAUCGAGCAUUCAAGGGGAUUUGCACAGUUCAGGAAUUGCUAAGCAAACGCCCGCCCAAAGGACGUGAGUCAUGGACCCUUGAAUGGGAGGAUAGCAUGAAGAAUGUUCCAGUGCUUUGUAUGGUCACUGCAGCUGGUCCCAACAGCUACCGUGGUAUGACCUUCUCGUGUAUGCGGCAUCAUUUCUUAAAUUUAUCAAAGCGAGCUUGCUUUCGUGAUCGUCUUAGAGUUCAUGGGAUUGGAGGUGGUGUUGCCAAUGCAUUUGAUGUCAACACAUCAGAAGCUAGUCGGAGCCAAGCACUCUAUCAUGAAGAUCCCAACACAUACCUUAAAUACCAAUCAAAGGUCCUCGCCCUCGACAUUCAGGCCUGUUUUUGGGGCCUAGCUCCUGAUCACGAGGUUCUGGAAAUGGAACAGAGCAUGGCACACUAUAGAGAUACCAAUGUUCCGCAACACCUUGAUGCCGAGGUGAUUGUUGAACUUGAGAGAGAUGCAGAAAUGAUUGAUAUAAACUUUAAAAUCACAGAACUUACAAAGAAGAUUGGAAAACACCCUAGGGACCAUGAAGACCUUGUCCGCGAACAAGCCAAGCUCUAUAAUAAAGCAUUGAAGAUGCGCCGUCAAAAAUUAUAG